AUGAAUGACCAGCGCGCUAUACUUCCUCAUGAAGGACUCCGGCAACGACGUGACCAGCGUACCAGGGAUGUUUCCCAGGGUGCAAACGAAAGUGAAACCACCGAUGUCAAAUUGUUUCUCAUCGUUUGCUUUCCACAUCAUUCUAGACGCAAGAUGUGGCAAACGAAGAUUACUGAGGUCAAUGACCAUGGGUUGAUGAGGAGAGUCAAAAAGACCUACCAUCACCUCAGACCGUUUUGGAGAAGGCUUGGGGAGCUUCGUGGGUUUAGCAGCAUUCGCUUGGCACGGUUCGAACUUAGCCACACAAAAGAUGGUCCGCUGGUGAAUGAUAUUGAAUGGAAAUGGCCAAAGACCGAGGAUACAGACUGGGAAUCUAUUCGUGAUGAUUCCGAGGGGACACCUGUGGAUGGUAUCUCAAAGCUUAUGGUCCAUUUAUGGUUAUCGCAGGGAAAGCCUCAUGAUUACAGCCAUAGUAACAAGAAUUCCGAAAUUACUUGUGCUUCAAACUCUACGGGCAAGAAACGCAGGAUACCUCGAAUCGAAAUCUGCGGGCCAUGGACAUCACAGACUUUACCAGUCGAGGAACGCCACGGGUCCAUUGAUGAUUCACACUGGAUCAACCGUAUACGAUCAGUGAGAAUUUACUUUCCCACCGAUAGCGAAGCUAGGCGGGAUAUUCCCGAGGUAGAUGAAGAGAUAGAAGAAUGGCUCCAGACCGCGAGCGUUGAUGUUGAUCUCGGUGAAGUAGAUCCUCACUAUAUUUUUCAACGCACUCCAAAGAAGCGUCGGCAGCCAUUGGGAAUUGACCCCAAUGGUCGGAAUGCUCCAAUAGGAUGGGCUUCAUGUUCGUUCCUCUAA